AUGCCGAAAAUGAUGCACAUCACAUCAGCAGCCGUUCUACUACUGAGCUGCACAUCUGCCUCACCCCUUCCAAAUCCACCUGGCUUCACUCCAGGCAUGCAAAGCCAGAUGGACGCCAUGAUCGCAACCGAGGUAGCCGGUCUCACAGCCGAGCGAGAGAACUCCAUGCCCACCACAAAGUCCAAUUUCGCCCAAGCCGGCAUCAAAGCCCCCGUCGAAUCGGUCUUCGCGCCCGCCAACCCCUGGGACAUCCUCGAGCAACCCCUCGCCCAGGCCGCCAUGGACAAGAUGAGAUCCAACUACGUCAGCCUGGGAGGCCCCGAUCUCACGGGAGAAGACAUUCCCGUCGUGUACGCUGAGCCGAUCAAUGCUGCGAAUAGAGCUACUGGUGUGCCGGUCGAUCUGCUCGUUCACAUCAUUUGGAAUGAGAGCAAGGGACAUCCGUUGGUGCCGAACGGUGGCUUAAUGCAGAUCGAUGAUGACGUGCAAUGGGGACUGAUGAAGGACAAGAAUCCGGCGUUGAUGAGUCGGUAUAACGUUGCGGAUAACAUCAUGGCAGGCGCGAUGGUCAUGGCGGCCAAAUGCAUCACGAUCCCGAGUACGGCUAGCGAAGGACAGUGGUGGGAUACCUAUAAUGGUCCAUACAAGGGAGGAGCUUGA